UUGCUAAACUUCAGUGAAUCUUCUCUGGAGUCAUUGAUGGUGCACUCCCUAUCUUAUCAGGCGCUUCUCCGGAGACUUGUCGAGUCUCUCCGGAGGCACUCAAAUAUUUUUGCACAGCAAAUAGAUAAGGCAUUUUACUGUUCGGUGGAAAAUUCAUCACGUGUCUCACGGACACUCGCCAUCUCCUUCUCUCUCGCGCACAAAUCGAUCACCACGAGCGGCCCCAAAAAGCUCCGUCGCAUUUCCCUCGCUCUCCAGUGCCCAAUAAAACGUCCAAGUGGCCACAAGUCCAGCCACUUCAAUCCAAGUGCCUCUUCAUGCUUUUCCACGAUAAUUUCUGUGCCUAUGAGUGAGAUUUACAGUGUCUCAGCAAUCGUGCCUAUUUUUCUUUAAACAAUUUUUUCCGUGAAAAAUCGUGAAAGUUCUCUAAAAGUUUGAUUUGAUAAAAAUGUCUCCUUCCGUGAGUGUCCUGAAGAGGCAUCAAGCCAUUCCAAUACUUUAUACUCGAGGAACGCACUAUGAAGUAGGAUUCGAUGUGGGUCGUACCUUUGCCGCCUUAAUCAGAGAAUUCCUAACGCUAUCAGAACCCUUGAAUUCUACUUACCUGCCUAUGUACAAUACCAAUGAAGGGCGCCAGGUGUACAAUGAAACACUGGAGUCUGUACGGCGUUCCUUUCCCCAGUAUAUCCGGGAGUUGGAAGGAACGGCUGAUGGAGCUCAGGUGGAAUUUCACAAGCUCUUCCUUCUACAUAUGGACGAUAUUACGCCCAAAGCUGUGGCGGGGAGGAAUAGUGUUGACCAACCUAUUGGAUGCACCAGCAUCUGUGUCAAUCAACCAGGGCAGGAGAUAAUAGGCCACAAUGAAGACACUCUUCCGGAAGUUAUGAAUUUCUUUUAUCUGGUGUCAGCUCACAUUGUCUGUGAUGAGCCUCAAGGGAAGUACCGAGUGAAGGAGGAGCAUUUCACAUCCCUCUGCUACGCUGGCCAUCUUCCAGGCUACACCAUGGGCUACAAUCACCACGGACUGAUCUUUACCAUCAACACAAUCAGUGCAGAUACACUCUACAGCGGAAAGACUCCUCGUCACUUCAUCACACGAGCCCUUUUGACUGCAGACACCUUUGUCCAGGCUCAGCACAUCAUCAGAGACACCGGAGUCGGUGCUGCUGAUGCAUGCUCCAUCAAUAUGACCUUCCUCCGGCAAGAAGGACCCAGAGUUUUUCACAACAUCGAAAUGGGUCCUUCUGAAAACAACGAGAGUUAUGUGGAUGUGAAAACGGCCAGUACAGGGGAGUAUUUGUCGCACUGCAACAAGUACUUGCGUCUUCCUGUACCGGAAGUCACUGGUCUGAUCAUAGAUUCGAGUGUGGCACGUAUGGCAGUGUUGAAGAAGUUGGGAGAGCCAAAGAACAGGGAUGAUGUCAUAAAGAUGCUGGGCGAUGAUUCACACAAGGUCCAUCCCGUUUACCGUGCAAGACGCGAUGAUCCCAUCAAAACCAUCGCCACGGGGAUUUUUGACUGUAUCGCACGCACUUGGACUCUCUAUUCGGACAAUCCCAAAAACAAUGAACCGCUUUUUGUCCUACCACUUGUUCUCCGAGAUUAAUCCCAGUGGAUGUUCCCUUUUUUUCAUCCAGAAAUUCCAUAGAAAAAUUAUUUUACUCACAACACAAGUUCACCGCAUUUUUUUGUCCAAAUCCGAAGAUUAGGAGCCAGUCAGACACUUUCUUAUCAAAUUGCAGUAUGUGCUUCAAAUUGGCCACUCUCCAGUGAUAAGGAAUUUGUGUAAACAUCGGCCUCUCCAAAAAAUUGAGCAACAUUACACUCAACUUGUAGAACUUACUAUAAAUAAAAUUUUUGCCCAAAGGCUUUUCGAGACUUAAAA